GACACAACAUAUAAGUCCUUCAUCAGCUGAAGUACACAAACUCACAUCUCGUUUAUCGAUUCCAUUCGUAUUUUAACAGUCAAUUUUUCUUCAAAGACAGCUAUGGCACUAAGGGACAUGUCAGACAACUUCCCAAUAAUCGAGGGAACCUUACUGGCCUCCCGCUAUGAGGUCCAGGCCUUUCUUGGCGAAGGCAGUUUUGGAAAGGUUGCUAAGUGUGUGGACACUUCUACCAACACUUAUUCGGCCAUAAAAAUCACCAAGGACCAUCCCAUUAUUGCUGCACAAGCACUGGAGGAGAUUAAGAUCUUGAAAGAACUGCAGUCUCUUGAUCCAGAUGAGUGCAAUUUUGUAAGAUGGGCCGGCUUAUUCUACCACCAAAGAUUCAUUUGUCUACAGUUUGAGCUUCUGGACCUGAGCCUGCGUGAUUAUAUGAAAGAGAGACAUUACCAGCCUCUCUCUGUGCAAUGCAUCCGCCCUGUUCUGCAUCAGGCAUUUUACUUUUUACCAUUCUCAGUAUUAUCAAGUAUAAAGUUUUUUGACAAAAGUGAAUAAUUAUUUAUGUGCACAGUUGUGGCCUAACAAGAAUGGUAUAAUUUCAGCUGAGCAAAGCACUG